AUGGGAACCGCUUCUCACUCAGAGACACGAAAGGACCACCGAAUCCAUAGGUUCCUUCAUCCCUUUCGAAACCACAAGUCCCCGCAAAACGCGUCCCAGAAAACCGAGACUGCAAGAAGCCAGACGUCGCUUCCUUCGUCGCAACCUAGCAAGUCAAGCAUUAGCAAGACUAAAGAACAGAAGCCAAAAUCGCCAGAGAGCAUAUCAUUUGAACUGUGGAGCGAUGCUUACGAGACAUUGCGGGAUGAUCAGGAAACCAAACACUUGGUGGAGAAGUAUGAGCAGAUCCUCACUCAACAAUUCAAUGACUCUCCAGGGCCAAUAGACCAAGAUUCAAAGAAUAUGUUUUCUACUUCUGACCGACAGAAGAGAUUCGAAAUGAUGCAAAAUGGUUUGCAGAAUUGCCUCGAACGAGCACAGAAGCAUCCCAAAGUAGAAGGUGUAGCUGAAAGAGCAGUUCAGCUUAUUGACUUUGCAAAUGAUAAAGUCGGAGACUUACUCGACUCAUAUCCUCCUGCGUCACUUGCGUGGUCAGGGUUCUGCAUUAUAACGCCGGUGCUUCUCAAUCCUAUUUUGGAGAAUAAAAAUAUGCAUGAAGGACUGGCACAUAUUAUAGAUCGAAUGGAUUGGUCUAUGGCGCUGACAGAUAUCCUUCUCAAAGAGAAUUGGAAGAACAAAAAUGAUUUCCAAAAUUUACAUCGUCUUCUCGAUAGGAAACUGGUAGACUUGUACUCUGAUUAUUUAGAGUACGAGAUGCGAAGUGUCUGUGCCUGUUUUAGUCCCUGGCUUAGCGGUGUCAAGAAUUUGGUGAAAUGGGAUGGUUGGAAAGCGAAUUUGGAUGGCCUUAUAUCAAAAGAAAAGGAUAUUGAACAACGCUCAGCUCAGUACAAUACUGAGAAAAUUGUUGCUUCCCUAAAGAAUGCUGUCGGUCACUUGAGCACACUGUCGAAUGAUGUGAGCGCCAUGCGCCAGACGCAGGAAACUGAAAGAGACGACCAAAGACAAAUAAAGCGCAAUCAAAUCAUUGGACGACUCAACCCAGUGAACAGCAGCCCCUACAGAGAUAGAAUGCUAAUGAAUCCCGAGCGUAAUCAAGGCACCUGCGAGUGGUUCCUUCAGCAUGAGAAUUUCAACGAGUGGCUAGAUGCGGAAGGAAGCAGCAGAUUGCUUCUUCUAUCGGCUGGUCCAGGCUGCGGAAAGUCGGUUUUGUCACGAUUUCUAGCAGAGACAGAGCUUCCUAGAAGAUCGCCAGCCAAUCCUGUCACAUAUUUCUUUUUCAAGAACUCUCCAGAUCAAAGGUCGAUUUGCAAAGCCUUCAGUGCUAUCUUGCAUCAACUUCUCACUCAGUGUCCAUACAUUGCCGAUAGCCUCGGGAGCGAUGUAGAUCAAGCUGGGAAAUCUCUGACUGAUAGCUUUCAAACAUUAGGACAACUUUUAAAGAAAGCUUGUGAUUACUCUCAGCCGACUACCAUCUUUUGUCUUCUCGACGCACUUGAUGAAUGCGAACCCACAGAUCUUGCCCAACUCAUCCAAUGGAUUGGUUCAUAUUUAGAUGGAUCAAUGCAGAAAGGAGACAUGCGGAAGACCAAAUCAAAUGCAUACAUAAAAUUUAUCGUCACAACAAGAGGUCUGCCAAGUAUUUUGGAGCAAUUUGCGGAGUAUCCAACGACUUAUACUCAAAUUGCAGCGGAAGAUUCGCACACUUCGAGGCAUAUCCAGCAGGAUAUUGACGCAGUCAUGACAGAUCGUUUUCAUCAACUUGUGGCAGCCAAAAAGCUCGACAAUGAAACGCAGAAGAUGAUCUGGAAUGCUUUAGAAAGGACUUCUGGCGGAGGACAGAGGACUUAUAUGUGGGUGAAGCUCAUUUUCGAGGCUUUGGAAAGCAACCGCAGAACAGCGAAGAAGGACUGGGAAGCUCUCAUCAAAAGCCCACCUAAAAACGUCUUUGAGGCCUACGAGCUUCUACUCAAUCGUGUUGAACGUAGCGACUAUUCACGAAUUAGGAGUAUGUUUCACAUCAUCUACUGUGCCGAAAGGCCUUUUACGGUGAAAGAAAUGAACAUUGCAGUUCAUCUCCAUCAUGUUCAAAACGCAUAUUCUGUAGAAGAAAUAGAUAGGAUGAGUGAUGAUGACUUUCGAAACUGGGUUACAGAGUCUUGCGGUUUCUUUGUGACUGAAUACAAUGGUCAGCUCUUUUUCAUUCAUGAAACCGCGAGGGAGUUCUUAACUGCCUCUACGACACAAAGUUUGGUCGAGCUGCAUGCAGAUUUCUUAUCCGGUCUGGAUUACAGUCAAGGUAGAGGUGGUUUCCAAGGUUCACUUACAGAGUCAAUAGCUCAUGCUACCAUGGCAGAGAUAUGUAUCCAAUAUCUCAAUAUGGACAUAUUUUUUGGUCCGGAAAUCCACGAAGAUUUGCAAAUGGCUAGAAAUGAGUACAUGUCACACUCUACUUUCCUUACAUCUUCCAUGCCAAAAUAUAUUUUGCUGGAGUAUUUUUUGGAAAAUUGGAAAGAUCAUUUUCUCAAGUCACAAGUGUCAAAGGAUGAAGACGAUGGCCUACGAAUUCUCGACAUUCGAGACGAAUUUGUCCCGAAAUACUUCGAGUUAUGCGAUGCUAACGGGCCAUUAAAUUCUCUCCUGAACGAAUUUGGAAAACCUGUCUGGGAUCCAGGUUCCACAGAUGAUGAAAUAUUCCGAGCAACUGAGAUAACCGAUGAACUGAGGUUUCUCAUUGGGGCAGCAAUCGGUCAUGUCAGGCUCUUUUAUCAGUUCUGGAUUAAUGAGGAAAACAUGGCAUAUAUUGAUCAAUUAUAUCACUUCGGCUUUCCGCCAAAGACUACUAUGUUAGGAUGGGCUUCAAAGAAUGGGUACUUGGAAAUGUCUCGGCAUUUGUUGCAUCUUGGUGCAUCCACGGAAAUCAAAAGUGAGAACGGACAUACGCCCCUCCACGAUGCGUCUUAUAUAGGUAGAACGCAAGUUUCUCGUCUUCUAAUUGACCACGGUAGUGAUAUUGAAGCAAAAAUGGAAGGUGGAGGGGACACUCCGCUGUUCGGAGCGAUGUUGUUCGGUCAUGCUGAAACAGUCCAACUACUUAUAGAAAGGAAUGCUAAAGUCGACGUGCGGAAUAUAAAAGGUUGGACACCACUGUUCUUUUUCUUCACGCGCUGCGGUGAGGAACAUGACCAUAUAAUAUACAAUGUUAUCAGGUCGAAUCCGUCCAUAAUCAACCAGCCGCAAGACAAUCAUGGCAUGACACUUUUGCACCUGGCAGCUUCCACAGGCAGGACGCAGACUAUGGUCUUCCUCCUUCGUAGAGGCGCCAAUGUGUAUCUCCGAAACGAAUAUGGCAGUACUGCAUUACAUCUCGCAUGUCAAUGGGGGUCCGAGGAAUCAGCGAAAACCAUUCUAAAUUGGACAUCUCACUAUCCAUCUAACCAGAAUGUUCCUCCAUACGAUAUGGUCAAUCACCAGAAUAAUGAAGGCAACUCACCACUGCACUUUGCUUCUAGUAAGAAAAUUGUCCAACUUCUUCAUUUGAACGGAGCAGAUCUUGAGAAAAAGAAUAACGACGGGGAUACUCCAUUCGAAGCUAUGAUACGAAACCACCCACGAGUCUGGUAUGGGGGCUCACUGAGUGACAAGGAGAAACAUGAGAAGUGGGUUGACAAGGCCAAUGAGUUACUGCAAGCUGGUGCCAAUUGGAAAGACGCAUUUCAAAAUUUAUCAGAAGGCAGCUAUGACGAAUUUCUCGAGUUGCAAGCGGAACUUAAUAUGAAAACAAGAGCAGGAUACGAGGAAUGGGCAGAGAAUUUAGAUAUCACAAUUCUCGUGUCGGACGAAGAGGAAGAUUCUCAGGAAGAAUAGCUGAUGACAUCCAGAGCAGCAAUUCAAAUUGAUCUACGGAGGUGGGAGUCAAAAGUGAUGAGAGUACGCCAAUUGCG